AUGUAUGGCAUCUUCUUUUUUGUAAUUACAAGAGUAAGCAAAGACGGCCAAAUCCGGCACUUCUUCCAUCGACCUUCAAAGGCAUACACGACUGGGACUAGGAAACGAAGAAAGGUCCACACUGAUGAAGAUGGGAGCGAGACGAGAUGGCACAAAACAGGCAAGACAAGGCCAGUCUUUGUUGGUGGGGCAGUGCAAAGAAAGCCUGAGAAAACAAACUGGGUGAUGCACCAAUACCAUCUUGGAAACAAUGAAGAAGAGAAAGAUGGAGAAUUAGUGGUUUCAAAGGUUUUCUACCAGACACAACCUAGACAAUGUGGUUCAAGUAUUAAGGAUUCAUUGAAUAACCAAAGCGUGCAGGAUAAUAGUCCUAAUGAGAUUCCUAUACCUAAAAACCCUACAGCUCUUUUGGAGUAUUACAACACUCCUUUUAUUAACCAUGACUAG